AAAUUCUACUGUUUGCGACAUUAUUGUGGCUCGAGCGCCCGCACCUCAAACGGCCGUUGUGCAGCAUCACUUUGUUUCCUUACGGACAUUUUAGGCGACGGACAGGAGCGACGGCUCUCACGAAUGUCAGAGUGGCUCUUUAAAGUAGUUUUAAUGUUGAAAUUAGAUAAAAACUUUUAGUUUGUGCGGUCAGAGUUUGUACAUCGAUUCGACACAACACUUCCCCAGUAUCGGUUAUUAUUUACAUUUGAAUGCUUUGAGCUCAGAGGUUAUGGCCGUGUCAGGGAGGAUGCUGAAAACCUCCACCGUCUUCCAGAGACGUCUCUUUCAGCCACGCCCUGUGGGUCCUGUGUCUCUGAGUAUCAGGUCUGUAUAUGAGCGGGACUACCGCAGACCAGGCCAGGCUCCGGACACCAGAUGGCCCUGGCAGAAGAUCCAUUUUGACUUCGCUAAGGGCGUGGAAGGAGUAAAGAAGCACUUCGGUCUCCUGAAGGCCGAGUUCUUGGAGCACUGGUCGGGGCCCGAGGGCCGGCCACUGGAGGAGCACAUGUUGGAGCAGACUCGUGUGCUGUGGGAGUUCCGUGGUCCAGAGUCGCUCGGUCAGUGGGUGGUCACCUCGGACCGGGAGAUCGGUGGGCGAAGUGAAGCGUACGUGAAGCUCGGGAGGAAUAACUUCACCUGCAUGCUGUAUGGCUCUCUGUGCUCAGCUGCACCCCGAGAUGGAGAGACACGAUAUAGUGGAUACUGCACCAUGCGCUCCAAACAGCCUCUGGCUUCCUUCGACAGGAAAAAGCACUUUGAUUGGUCAAACUUCAACACUCUGCAUUUGCGUAUACGUGGAGACGGCAGACCGUGGAUGGUGAACAUCUCGGCAGGGACCUACUUCUCUCACCAGAGAGACGACAUGUACAGCUACUUCCUGUACACACGAGGGGGUCCAUACUGGCAGGACGUUAAGAUCCCUUUUUCUAAAUUCUUCCUCUCUAGCCGAGGACGAGUACAAGACGAACAGUACCCUCUCUGGCUCGACAAGGUGAAUACUAUCGGCUUCACGCUGGGAGAUAAAGCAGACGGAGCGUUCCAGUUAGAGAUCGACUUCAUCGCUGUGUGUAACGACCGCGCUCACACAGAGGAGUUUGCAUAUGAACUGUACAAGAGGAACCCGGAGGUGGAACAGAGACGACUGUCACCCUGAACAUGACGGAGUAACGCUGGGAAUUUAAGUUCCAUGUACUUUUGCAACACUCACUGACAAAACCCAUUUAUUUAAUAUCAAAUAAACUCAGUAUUAGAGUCUA